UAUGAGAGUCCAAUGUGAGUAGUGUUGAAGCAGCGGCGGCAUCUUAUCCAUCGCCAUUUGCCACUCAUUUCUUACAGAGAAACCACACGACACCACACCACGAAUGUCUACUGCUGCUUCUACUGCUCUAUGCUUUUUCUCUUGUGCAAACCCAACCAAACCCUCCGAAUUUCCGCCUCCAACCUUCCCUCUAUUUCUUUCCAAGCCCAAUUCUUCUUCCAUCCCAAGUCGUCUUUGUUCCUCAAUUCCCCGUUUGGCUUCAACCCUUUUCGCCAGACCCGAUCGCGUUUCCUGUAGAAGCGCUUCAAUCGUCUCCACGAACCCCACCCAUUCUGAGGUUGUGUUGCAGUUUUUGGAUGGUUCCACUGAGGUAGAAUUGAGAUUAGAACUUGGGGGCCAUGAGAUACAAAGUUAUAGAGAUAUAAUCGUGGAUGCGGAUGAGAGCUCUUUAGCAAUCAGAGUACAACAAUCUGGGUCUCUCAGGACUCUGAUGGAGACUGCUUGUCUCUUCAACAAGAUUAAGCCUGCUGAAACAAUAUGGUAUAUGGAUGAUGACCAACUGGUUGUUAAUUUGAAGAAACAAGAUCCUGAUUUGAAAUGGCCUGACAUCAUUGAGUCUUGGGAGUCCCUGACAGUAGGAGUUUUGCAACUCUUGAAAGGAACAUCAAUCUAUUUAGUUGGGGAUUCAACUGAGAUCAAUGAAAAAAUUGCUCGAGAACUAGCUAUUGGUCUGGGGUAUACACCACUUAAUACAAAAGAGCUGCUGGAAACAUAUACCGAGCAAACAAUUGAUUCAUGGGUGAUUGCUGAGGGGUCCGACUCUGUUGCAGCAGCAGAAUGUGCAAUAUUAGAGAGCCUCAGUAGUCAUGUCCGUUCUGUCGUUGCAACAUUAGGAGGGCAGUAUGGUGCUGCUGGACAAACCGAUAAAUGGCGGCAUCUUUAUGCAGGAUUUACUGUUUGGCUUUCUCAGUCUGAAGCAACAGAUGAUGAAUCAGCAAAGGAGGAGGCUAGGAGGAACGUCCAGGAUGGCAGUCAAGCUUACUCCAAAGCCGAUGUGGUAGUCAAGCUUGGAGGCUGGGAUCCCAACUACUCUAAAUCUGUUGCUCAGGCUUCCUUGAGCGCCCUCAAACAGUUGAUCCUGUCAGAUAAAAAGCUCCCAGGUAAGAAAAGUUUGUAUAUAAGGCUGGGAUGUCGAGGUGAUUGGCCAAACAUCAAACCACCCGGUUGGGACCCCUCAGCUGGGGUUGAUCCUUCUCCCACGUCAUAGAACCAGCCAAUUAGACAUAUCACCCCUAGGAUUUUGUAGCUUCCUGUGAUUUUUUCUUUCCUUUUUGUUUUUGCUUUUGAUUCGAUAAAGACUUGGUGAUUAUUGUUGUAAUAUUUCCUCUGUAACACUGUUGGGAAAUAAUCGAAAUGUAUGAAAGGAAACAUUUCAAACCAA